GAGCGGCUGCGCCAGCUGCGUUCCGAGCUCGGGCACCGCUGCUGCUUCUCCUCCGAGCGCCGGGCGUCCCCGCCGCGCUCAGUCCGAAGUCGGCCACCAUGGAGGCGCAGGCACGAGGUUUGUUGGAGACUGAACCACUGCAAGGAAGAGAUGAAGACACAGUAGCCAGUGCCGACUUCCCUAGCAUGCUCUCUGAGGAGGAAAAAGAAGAAUUAAAGGCAGAACUAGUUCAGAUUCUCCUACUGUUUGCUGGCUGUGCUGGAUCCCCGCCCCACUGCUUUACCCUGCGCUGUUUUGUGCUAGAAGACGAAAUUACAACAUUACGACAAGUUUUAUCAGCGAAAGAAAGGCAUCUGGUUGAGAUAAAACAAAAACUCGGCAUGAACUUGAUGAAUGAAUUAAAACAGAACUUCAGCAGAAGCUGGCAUGACGUGCAGACUACUACUGCCUACAAGAAAACACAUGAAACUCUGAGUCACGCAGGGCAGAAGGCAACUGCAGCUUUCAGCAACGUUGGGACGGCCAUCAGCAAGAAGUUUGGAGACAUGAGGUCUCACUCCAUCGGCUACUCCAUUCGCCAUUCCAUAAGUAUGCCUGCUAUGAGGAAUUCUCCUACUUUCAAAUCAUUUGAGGAGAGGGUUGAGACAACUGUCACAAGCCUUAAGACGAAAGUAGGCGGGACGAACCACGGCGGAGGCAGCUUCGAGGAGGUGCUGAGCUCCACGGCCCAAGCCAGCGCGCAGAGCUCGGCCGGCGGCCCCCGGCGGGCCGAGGGGGAGGAGCUGCAGUGCUAGGGCCCCGCCCGCGCCCGCAGCCGCCUCCAGGGACCCUGUCCCGCCCGCGCGCAUCCGGAUAUGAAAACCGGAAUCCCACUGGAAGACCCAGGCCUUGACUUUGUUCUUCAAAUGGCUUCUCCUGAAAGUUUAAUUAAAUGAUUUCCACUUGAAUUUGUGUUGAUGAUGGACCACGUGACCAUCACACUUUAGUAUUCCUAGAUUGUCAUCUUUUAAAAUGUCGGCUUCAGCAGAUACACAGUUGGUCACGACCCUUGUUUUUUGUGUAAUUCAACAUAUUUUCCAAACAUGUAGCUAUUAAUUAUUUGCUUUGAUUUUUGCUUGGACUCCUGUACGAAGUGCAUGUCUUUGAAGGCUCAGUGCCCCCUUUCAGUUCUGUCCACAGGAUGGAGCUCUUUCUGACCGUCUCUAGCAGUGAAUGGGAUAACACCGAGAAUUUCAUCAAACUGCUUCCCAUCUC